ACAAGAACGGACAAGUAUCCGAUGCAUUGUGGGUAAAAUGGACGCGGCGAGUCACAUCCGGGCAUUUUGACCGUUCUCUACGAGAUGCGGGCUCUAAAACUGGAACAGUACUCAUGCCACGACUGAGGACGAGUCUCCGUGAACACAAGGACACAAGUCCACACCAGAACGCAUUUUGUCUCUGGAGUAAUGUCGGCUGUCACCUCGGACCAGUUCCGGGACGGGACCGGAGCCGAACCGCAGCAGCACGAGACCGGAACCCUGCAGCCGCAGACCGUGUUCGUCCUGCUUGACUCGGCUGAAACCAUCAACCUGGUCCGGGUGGAGUCUGGAAUCGUCGCUGACAUCGAGGUCGACAGUUUGUUGCCGUCUGACUGUGACACGUUUUACCAGAUCAAGAGCCAACCGCUCAGCACCAGUGCGUCAACAGCAUCUUCAUCAUGUUCCUCCUCAUUGCCCUCCAGGGUUCUGAUGCGUCAGGAUCUUAUGCGUCAGCAGGCUCUGGGCGAGGAGCAGAAGGAGUUGCAGCAGCAGCAGCUCCUUCACUCGACAGACUUGUCCUCCCCCAUCGCUGUCUCUGUGUCUUCCUCCUCCAGACCUGCCCAGGUUCCUGUGGAGGUGCUGAAGGUGCAGACCCACUUGGAGAACCCCACCAGGUAUCACAUCCAGCAGGCACAGAGGCAGCAGGUACGUCAGUACCUCUCCACCACAGCCAAUCAGAAUAGAGCUGAACCCUCGCCAAGCCACUCCCCCUUUCUGGGCCCCGCCACCACACUACAGCCUGCUAACAUCUUCAAAAAAUCACAGAUUGACGAGACCGUCAUGGAUGACAUAAUCAGCCUGGAAUCAAGCUUGAAUGAGGAGUUUCUGACGCUGAUUGAAUCUGGAUUACAACUUGCCAACACGAUGCCGGUGUCGGGGCCGAUACUGGACAUGUGCGGCGGGAUGGCCACGCCCCACAUCGUUGUUAGCAACAGUUGCCCAGUCGACCUGCAGGCCAUCAAGACGGAAGUGAAUGAGGGAGAUACCAAAGCUCUGUUUAAAGAGAGACAGAAGAAACACAACCACAACCUCAUCGAGAGGAGGAGGAGAUUCAACAUCAAUGACCGAAUCAAAGAACUUGGAGAUCUAAUCCCAAAAUCCAGUGACCUGGAGUCCAGGUGGAACAAAGGAACCAUCCUGAAGGCCUCGGUUGAUUAUAUCAGAAAACUGCAGAAGGAACAGCAGAGAUCCCGAGAGCUGGAGGAGAGGCAGAGGAGGCUUGAGAGCACCAACCAGCACCUGCUGCUCCGCAUACAGGAGCUGGAGCUUCAGACCCGUAUCCACAAUCUCUCCUCCUCCCCCCCUCUGCCCACCUCCUCCUCCUCCAGCUCCCUGCUCUCCCUUGCUCGGCCUCACCCAUUUUCCUCUCCUCCCCUUGUGACUCCCGCUCUGGGUCUGGACGCCCUGACCUUCGUGGACAUGGAUGAGCCUCACGAGGUUUUGCCCGUCUUCUCCUCGGACCUGAUGUGUGAGGCGGAGUUGGCGGAGCUGACAGAGCUUCAGGGCCUGGGAGACAUCUUGAUGGAGGAGGGGAGGAGGACAGACCCCCUGCUGUCCUGUGGAGCGUCAAAGACCAGCAGGAACAGCUCCAGCAUGGACGAGGACCUCUGAUGGCGGACCUCAAGCCUAUUGGCACACAGCAAGAGAGCUGACAGAUGAUUGGCCGAAAGACCCUCGUAUUUGUGGGAACUUUUAAUUUUUUUAUGCACAACACGCAGCCACUUCCUGUCUACAAUGAGCUGCUGAUCAAGUAAAGAGAAAGACCAUUUAUUGUAACAGUUAGUGUUAGCAUGCUCAGGUCACGGCCACGCCCCCACCGAUGUCAUAGUAGCGGUCGAUCAGUUUAAUGUUUGCAGGUAUGUACCUAAAAUCACUAAGCUAAUUCCAAUCAGGUUGAUUGUUGGUCUGUUUGAUCUUUUAUGUCAUUGAUCUUCAGAGGAAACAGAUUUUAAGUUUUCAUAUUAUUCUAGUAACAGUGAUGGAUAAUGUCAUCAAAAUACUAGUACAUGUUAUUAGUUUUAGACUUUUAGAAUACCACUAACUUUGAUACUUCAACUUUUCUCUGGCCCCCGAGGAAUUCACAGACUCCGACAUCCUAAGAACCCAUUUAGCAAAACUCUUUAAGACGCUGAUGCGAACUGUAAGCCGUAGCUCAGUUCCUACUGAUGCUAACUGUAAGCCGUAGCUCAGUUCCUACUGAUGCUAACUGUAAGCCGUAGCUCAGUUCCUACUGAUGCUAACUGUAAGCCGUAGCUCAGUUCCUACUGAUGCUAACUGUAAGCCGUAGCUCAGUUCCUACUGAUGCUAACUGUUUCAGUUUGUACACGUGCCAACAGUUAGCUGUCGCUCGAUUCGUACAAUUGUUGACCGCCAGCUGCAGCUGGGUUUAUACAGCGACUAACUGUUAGCUGGGAGUUAGCAGAUUAGCUUUUAACUUGUUGGAGUAGCUACAAAACUUGCGUUGAGAUUAAAAAAAAUGUCCUCAUAAAGGGAUUUAUGUUAUUGUUUUUGUCUGUUUCAGUUUCACAUCACAUUUGGAUUUAUAGAUUUGACUUGUAUAGAAAUAAAGUCAUUUAAGGGUAA